UUAUUUUGUUUCUCAACACCAUUAACCAAACCAAAUUCACUCACAUUCCCAUUCCCAUUGAAAUACAGAGAGACUUUGAUUUUGAUACUGAGAAAGAACACUCAACCACCACCAUACAAUAGUACCCCGCAACACACGCUACUACUACUUCUUCUUCUUCUUCUUCAUCUUCUUCUCACUUCACUUUACCCACCAAAACACACAAAACAUAUUAAAGUGUUUUCUUUCUCUCUUCAAGAGCACCAUGGAUUCCAAAUCCAUCUAUGGUGUCUCCAAUUUCAUCCCUCUUUUCAUUCUCUUUCUUCUCCCACUCCAUUCCGCUUCUUCCACCACCACCACCACCACCAAUACCACUCAAAUCAAUUCCAAUUCAAUCCUCGUCGCACUUCUCGAUUCCCACUACACCGAACUCUCAGAACUCGUUGAAAAAGCUCUUCUCCUUCAGAAACUCGAACAAACCCUAGGUAACCACAACAUCACCAUCUUCGCACCAAAAAACCAAGCUCUAGAACGCGACCUCGACCCUGAAUUCAAACGAUUCCUCUUAGAACCACGAAAUCUCAAAUCACUCCAAACGCUUUUAAUGUCACACAUUCUCCUCUCACGAAUCGAAUCUCAUCACUGGCCUUCCGUUAACCGUCACCACCACACACUCUCCAACCACCGUCUCCAUUUAACCACAAACCCUACCGGUAAAAAAACCGUCGACUCCGCCGAGAUCCUCCGUCCAAACGACGUCAUCCGUCCCGACGGCGUAAUCCACGGAAUCGAACGCCUCAUUAUCCCCCGCUCCGUACAAGAAGAUUUCAACCGGAGAAGAAACCUCCGUGACAUCUCCGCAAUUCUCCCGGAAGGAGCACCGGAGGUAGAUCCACGAACAAACCGUUUAAAAAAACCAGCACCAGUACCCGCCGGAGCACCACCAGUACUUCCAAUCUACAACGCAAUGGCACCAGGACCAUCACUAGCUCCGGCGCCUGCACCAGGACCGGGAGGAGCACGUCAUCACUUCAACGGAGAACGUCAAGUGAAAGAUUUCAUUCACACACUGUUGCAUUACGGCGGUUACAACGAAAUGGCGGAUAUUCUAGUGAACCUAACGUCGCUUGCAACGGAAAUGGGACGUUUAGUUUCAGAAGGUUAUGUUCUAACCGUUUUGGCACCAAACGACGAAGCAAUGGCGAAAUUAACGACUGAUCAAUUGAGUGAACCAGGUGCACCUGAACAGAUCAUAUACUAUCAUAUAAUUCCCGAGUAUCAAACGGAGGAAAGUAUGUAUAACGCCGUUAGGAGAUUUGGUAAAGUUAGUUAUGAUACACUCCGUUUGCCUCAUAAGGUUGUUGCUGAGGAAUCUGACGGUUCCGUUAAAUUUGGUCACGGUGAUUCUUCUGCUUAUUUGUUUGAUCCUGAUAUUUAUACCGAUGGAAGGAUUUCCGUUCAGGGUAUUGACGGUGUUCUUUUACCUCCUGAGGAAGAGAGCGAAGAUGAUUCUUCUAUUCGCCAUACUAAAAUUCCUCUUGUUAAAGUCGCUACUAAACCCAGAAGAGGGAAGUUGCUGGAACUCGCCUGUAGCAUGGUUGGAUCUUUUGGAAGUGUCUGCUCAUGAAAUCGCUUUUUCAACUAAUCGCUUAAAAUAGAAAAAAAUUAUAAUAAUAAAAAAAAAGAGUGAAAUUAUGUAAACUUGAUGAAUGUUUAGAGUAAUCAUUUCAAUACAAAAGGGAGCGAUUGAGUUGUGCAGGAUUUCGGUGGGAACUCACACAGAAGAUAAACAAAUUUUCUGUCAUUUUGUUUCAUACUGUAAUUACAUAUCAUUUUUUUAUUGAAUUUUUAUUUUAUGUUGAUUCACUGUCUCUGUAUGCAUAAAUAACCUUCAAAUACGACACUCUCCUCUCUCGGUGGCAUUUUUUUUCCUGUUUGUAUGUGAAUCAAAUUCAAACAUAUAAUCUACUUUAUUAUUAUGCCUUCAA